GACGGGCCGAUACAGCCCAUGUCCCCGCCCCGCACCAUCGCUAGGCGACGUGCGCUUUUGCCGCGGCGUGCUGCCCGCGAGGGCAGCUGAGGUGGUGGCGGCGGCGGCCGCCGCCUCGAGGCAUCGCGCGGCCGUGAAGGGUUCACCGUCAGUGCUGUUGGGUGCCUGGAGCCGCGGGCCCCGUCCCGAAAACUGUCCUUGACAGUGCCUGCGCGGCCCAAUGGCCGCCAGCGCGCGCCGCGUCUCCAUGGCGACGGUCUUUUCUCUGCGAGGACCCCGGCGGCAGGGCUGCCCCGCUGCGCCUGCUUGGCGCGACGCUCUAGCGGUCACCGCUGCAGGUUGGUUGGGUGUUGUGGGGCUGCGCGGCUGCCGCGGAGCUAGAGGGCAAGUGGGCUCGGCCCAGCGUGCAGGGGACGCGGGCGGCCAGACAACGGGCUGGGCCGCGGGGCCUGCGGCGCGGGCGCUGAGCUGGCAGGGCGGGCCGGGGCUGCAUCCCCAUCUCCUCCAUCGCCUGCAGUAAAGGCGGCCGCGGCGAGCCUUUGAGGGGAACGACUUGUCGGAGCCCUAAGCAGGGGUAUCUCUGAGCCUGGCGGGAUCCCCGGAGCGUCGCAUCACUUUCCGAUCACUUCAAAGUGGUUAAUAACUGCUAAUUUAUAUGACAGAAGAAAAAGAUGUCAUUCCGUAAAGUAAACAUCAUCAUCUUGGUCCUGGCUGUUGCUCUCUUCUUACUGGUUUUGCACCAUAACUUCCUCGGCUUGAGCAGUUUGUUAAGGAAUGAGGUUACAGAUUCAGGAAUUGUGGGGCCUCAACCUAUAGACUUUGUUCCAAAUGCUCUCCGAUAUGCAGUAGAUGGGAGACAAGAGGAGAUUCCUGUGGUCAUCGCUGCAUCUGAAGACAGGCUUGGGGGGGCCAUCGCAGCCAUAAACAGCAUUCAGCACAACACUCGCUCCAAUGUGAUUUUCUACAUUGUUACUCUCAACAAUACAGCAGACCAUCUCCGGUCCUGGCUCAACAGUGAUUCCCUGAAAAGUAUCAGAUACAAAAUUGUCAAUUUUGACCCUAAACUUUUGGAAGGGAAAGUAAAGGAGGAUCCUGACCAGGGGGAAUCCAUGAAACCCUUAACCUUUGCAAGGUUCUACUUGCCAAUUCUGGUUCCCAGCGCAAAGAAGGCCAUAUACAUGGAUGAUGAUGUAAUUGUGCAAGGUGAUAUUCUUGCCCUUUACAAUACACCACUGAAGCCAGGACAUGCAGCUGCAUUUUCAGAAGAUUGUGAUUCAGCCUCUACUAAAGUUGUCAUCCGUGGAGCAGGAAACCAGUACAAUUACAUUGGCUAUCUUGACUAUAAAAAGGAAAGAAUUCGUAAGCUUUCCAUGAAAGCCAGCACUUGCUCAUUUAAUCCUGGAGUUUUUGUUGCAAACCUGACAGAAUGGAAACGACAGAAUAUAACUAACCAACUGGAAAAAUGGAUGAAACUCAAUGUAGAAGAGGGAUUGUAUAGCAGAACCCUGGCUGGUAGCAUCACAACACCUCCUCUGCUUAUCGUAUUUUAUCAACAGCACUCUACCAUCGAUCCUAUGUGGAAUGUCCGCCACCUUGGUUCCAGUGCUGGAAAACGAUAUUCACCUCAGUUUGUAAAGGCUGCCAAAUUACUCCAUUGGAAUGGACAUUUUAAGCCAUGGGGAAGGACUGCUUCAUAUACUGAUGUUUGGGAAAAAUGGUAUAUUCCAGACCCAACAGGCAAAUUCAACCUAAUCCGAAGAUAUACCGAGAUCUCAAACAUAAAGUGAAACAGAAUUUAAACUAUAAGCAUUUCUCAGGAAGUCCUGGAAGAUGGCAUGUAUGCAAAGUAACAGUUGCUAGGCUUCAAUGCCUAUCGUAGCAAGCCAUGGAAAAAGAUGUGUCAGCUGGGUAAAGAUGACAAACUGCCCUGUCUGGAAGUCAGCUUCCCAGACAGACUAUAGACUAUAAAUAUGUCUCCAUCUGCCUUACCAAGUGUUUUCUUACUACAAUGCUGAAUGACUGGAAAGAAGAACAGAUAUAGCUAGUUCAGCUAGCUGGUACAGAUAAUUCAAAACUGCUGUUGUAACCUGUGGCCUGAUCUGUAAAUAAAACAACAUUUUUCAA